AUGGAAGAACCCAAGACCGGCCUUUGCCUCGGCUACAAUGGCGCACACCCCUUUUCCAAAGUGAAGCUUUCCGACAGGGCAUCAGUGCAGGAGCUCCUCCGGACCCUUCUCGAUCCCCUCGAACCCUUCUUCUCGCCCCAGAAGGCGCGCGUUAAGUGUCCCGGUGGAACAGCCGUCAGGUUCGAUCAGUCUGCCGCCGAAGUCGAGGGUAUCUGCCGUCCGCUAUGGGGUCUGGCGUGUCUGCUGGCCGGCGGCGGUGAGUACCGUGGCACUGAGUGGUGGAUCCAGGGCAUCAAGUCCGGCACUGAUCCAGAGAACCCCGAGUAUUGGGGUUACCCGAGAGAUAAUGACCAGCGCAUGGUCGAGAUGUGUCCGUUCGGAUUCGCCCUCGCCGUUGCGCCCGUCAUCUGGCAGAACCUCACGGAAAAGGAACGCGGCAACGUCGAGAACUGGCUCGGAAACUCUAUCAAUGAAAAGAACAUGCCGAACACCAACUGGCUAUGGUUCCGUGUCUUUGCCAACCUGGGAUUGAAGAAGAACGGCGGAAAGUUCUCGCAAGAACGUCUCGACGCCGACAUCGAGCACCUGAACACCUUCUACCGAGGCGGCGGCUGGUCCAACGACGGUCCAGAGGGCAUUCACAUGAUGGACUACUACUCGUCCAGCUUCGCUAUUCAGUUCCUCCAGCUUCUGUACGCGAAGCUUGCCGGCGAUGACGAGCCCGAGCGAGCCGCCGAGUUCCGUAGGCGAGCCCAGCAGGUCGCGCUGGAUCUCGUGCACUACUUUGACGAGGAAGGCCGCGCCAUACCCUUCGGCCGCAGCGUCGGGUACCGUUUCGCGAUGGUAUCGUUCUGGGGUGCCCUGGCGUAUGCUGGUGUUGAAUUGCCCGAGCCCCUGACGUGGGGCAUGGUGAAGGGUAUCGUCUUGCGUCACUUGAGAUGGUGGCAGACUCAGCACGGCAUGUGGACUCCCAGCGGUACGCUGUCCAUCGGAUACUCGUAUCCUAACAUGUACAUGGCGGAGAACUACAACAGCCCCGGAAGCCCAUACUGGGCCUGCCUUGCCUUCAUUUGCCUUGCUGUCCCCGAAGACCACCCUUUCUGGACCUCUGAAGAGGAGCAGGCGUGGCCUGUAAUUCCUAAGAUCAAGCCCCUUGAGCAGCCUGGACACAUCAUGAGCAACAUUGGUCGUCACUGCAUGCUCCUUUCCUCUGGUCAAGCCUGCAGCUACCCCAUGAAAGGCACACAUUCCAAGUACGGUGGCUUCGCUUACUCCAGCGCAUACGCCUACUCGGUCCCUCCAGGACUCUUCUCUCUUGAGCAGUACGCCCUGGCAUCUCAGCUGGGUCUGUCAGACGAUGGCGGCGAGUACUGGAAGACUCGACGGCUCUCGCAAUACUCGGGCAUCGAGACCAGAGACGAUAAGCCAGUCCUGGUGUCCGUCUGGAAACCCUUCCCAGACGUCGAAAUCAAGUCUAUUCUCGUACCCACGGAAGAGUCCACGCCGAACUGGCACCUUCGCAUCCACCACAUUAAGGCCGGCCGCGAGGUGAUGACGGCCGACGGCUCCUUCGCUAUCUGCAACCAGAACUCGGCCAACGGGCGAUACCUCGACCUCUACGACGCCAAGCUCUGCGAGGGCACGUCACCCAAAAUCAUCGGCAACUACGACACAAACACGCCCGAGGGUCUGGCCAAGGGCCGCGAGGGCUCGUUUGCGGUGUCGAAGGGCGCCGUGGGCAUUAAGGCUCUCGAGAGCAAGGUGGAACGUACGGCAAAUCUCGUGAAUGCGGAUCCUAACUCGAAUCUGGUCGAGAACCGUACGGUGAUCCCUACCCUUCAGCACACGAUCAAGAAGGGCGAGGAGGUUUGGUAUGUCACCGGUAUUUACGCCAAGCCAAGCGGGCCGAAGGAAGAGUAUCUCGAUGGCUGGGAGAAGCCGCCUGCAAUACCAUCUUGGCUUGAGAAGGAAAUUGGUGCUUGA